CGACAGAUGAUACAGCCUACGAAAGAACACUUGGGUUCUUUAAAAACUCUUAUUAUUGACAACUACGACUCUUAUACUUUCAAUUUACUCCAACUUUUUGACGACUGUAACAACGUUGUCGUUGUCCGCAAUAACCAGUUUACUUGGCAAGAAUUCACGACACAUAUCUUACCUCAUUUCGAUAAUGUAAUCAUCUCUCCCGGCCCUGGUAGACCUGAAAAUAGCCAAGACUUUGGUAUAUGCACACAAUUAUUACAGGCACAGUUGGAUCCUCAAUUAUCAGACUAUCAUCGGCCUAUUUUUGGUGUUUGUCUAGGUCAUCAGGGCAUUGGCUAUUUGUUAGGAGGAAAAGUGACUUAUGCAAAUCGAAUCAUGCAUGGUCGAAUGUCACAUAUCUAUUUUCAGUCUAGAAAUGCUGCUUAUACAGAUGUAUUGCAUGGCUGUCCAUCUCCCUUUUGGGCAGUACGUUAUCAUUCACUUGUCGUGGAUAAGGAUUCUAUACCAGAGGACUUGUUAGUAACAGCUUACUGUUAUGAAAAUGACGCCGAUGUCGAAGCACUCAAAAACAGUGUCUAUUUGGCAGACAAUCAAGUCUUGACACAGGGAGAAACCAAAAACCAUUUCUUAAAGCACGACCAAGGGCAGCAGCAAGAGAAUCAGGCACUAACGAUUAUGGCUUUUCAACAUAAAAAACUGCCCUUAUGGGGCGUUCAGUUUCAUCCUGAAUCUGUUUCAACAGAAUACGGCUCAAACGUGAUUUUAAAUUUUCAAACGCAGACUUAUGCAUGGAUGAUUCAAGAGGGACAUCGAUCUCCGUCGAAUGCGCCUCUGGACCUAUCAAUUCUGUCUUAUUCUGCCGUCCAUUCUGCUUCUAACCUACCUAAGCAAAUCAAGAACCAGUCCACAAGCAAACUAGAGCUUUAUAUCAAACCUAGCUGCCCUAGCUGGAUUGACCCCCAAGUACUUGCAGACGAACUCAUUUCAGAGAAUGCUCGAGGAUCGCAGGAACAAUACAUGGGUUGGCUAGACAGCAGCCGCAAGUCAUCUCCUUAUUCUCGCAUGUCUAUUCUUAGCUUCAAUCCAGCUGCUAUCCUCACUUAUUCGACACUGCAUAAAGAAUUACGGACAACCCAAAGGAACUCAACUAUCACGACGACAACAGCUUUGGAAACCAACUUUUUUGAUUACCUUUCCGAUCUUUUGGAUAUGACACAAGUCGUUCCCAAGCAUAUCUUGGGUGGAUCAUUCUCUCCUUGUGAAAUUAUAGAUGAUUUAGACUUUCAAGGUGGUCUUGUGGGUUACUUGGGCUAUGAAAUGAAGCGUGAGAGUAUGGAAGGAUACAAAAUACCCAAAGAGCAAGUGUGUCACUGCCAACAUCACGGUCAAGAUCAUUGUUGUCUCUGCAUUGAAGAACCGGAUGCUGCUUUUCAAUUCGUAGAUCAAUUCUUGGUAUUUGACCAAAUGCAUCGCCAAAUCUAUCUGUGUUGUCUUGUAGGUCAUCAUCCAUGGUUCAGUCGUGAACCCAGCGAUGCCAUUCACUGGAUACAAAGCCAAGAACAAAAAAUGCUUCAGAUAGCUGAGUUGGGACGUAAGCGUAAAUUGAUGGAUGAUGCCAUGCGUUGGGAAUCCAUGUCCUCACCUCGUACAACGCCCACACCUUCUGUUCAAUUACCGAUGGCUUCUCAUCUGUUUACGCCUGAUGUAGAGCAUCAAGCAUACCUCAAGUCCAUUGAAUCUUGCAUUGACCAUAUCAAAGAAGGGGAAUCGUAUGAGAUCUGUUUGACAACGCGGUUCCGCCUUGAACUUCCUAAACACAUUUCAACACGAACAACCGAUCCUGUACUAUGGCGACUCUAUACAUAUUAUCUGCGUAAAAACAAUCCUGCUCCCUUCUCUGCUCUACUCAUGUUUCCUCAGUUGGGUCUACUCUCAUCCAGUCCUGAACGGUUUCUUAGUGUGAGUAGAGAUCAAGUGGCUGAAAUGAAGCCUAUCAAGGGUACAGUAGCCCGUGUGCUCGACUGUGUUUGUCCUGAAAAUCAAUGCGAUCUGGGCGAAGCCUGUAAGUCAAGGCAAUGGCAACAAGACGAGGAACGCAAGCAACAACUCUGGCAAGACGUCAAAGAACGAGCAGAAAACCUUAUGAUUGUGGAUCUGAUUCGUAAUGAUUUGGCUCAAGUGUGUGAUCCUAACAGUGUCCGUGUGCCUAAAUUAAUGCAUGUUGAGACCUAUGAAAAAGUGCAUCAUUUAGUAUCGACCAUUCGAGGUCAAUUGCGUUCACAUGUGAAUAGCGUAGAAGCCCUUCGAACAUGUUUUCCUCCAGGGUCGAUGACAGGUGCACCUAAAUUACGGUCUGUGCAAAUCUUGGAUCGAUUAGAGGCCCAUCGUCCCCGAGGUGUUUAUUCAGGCUGUCUGGGGUAUUUCUCUCUGAAUGGCAGUGCUGAUUUUAAUGUGGUGAUAAGAACUGCGGUUGUGUCUACGAGAUCAGAUAAUUCAACACAUGUGUCUGUGGGUGGUGGUGGUGCUAUUACUUUUUUGUCUAAUCCUGAACAAGAAUGGAAGGAGACACUGCUGAAGACAAAGAGUGUCGCUCCUAGUGUAAAAGAGUUUCUUGAAGAUCAGUUAUAG